CAUUGGGGGGUGAGGGGACUACUUAAUAGCGAACAAAACUUUUAUCAAGGGGUUCAGUCAUGUCUUGAGUCAGAGGUUCACUGUCAGUUCGGUUCGGAGUUUCUCCGCGUGCUCGCUUUGUAUACCUAUACGUUACGACGGCUACAACUUACUUACAUCCGUCAAUUUCGUCAGCCAGCUGGAGAAGUUUUGUCGAGAGAUUAUAAUUAUUAUGACCGAGUUUUUAUCAUCAUUUCACUAACAGAAUACCUCAAUACUCGUAGAAAUAGUCAACAUCUUGUUAUUGCAGCGACAAACUGAAGAAGGAGAGUCAAGCUAGAAAAUCUGGAGAAAAAUGGCUAGUCCAAGGACUCGACGUGUCUUGAGCGAUUUAAAGCCCCAUGAUGAGAAUAAUAAAUGCUAUGAAUGUGGAGCUCACAAUCCACAGUGGGUCUCAGUUACAUAUGGUAUCUGGAUAUGCUUGGAGUGCUCAGGUAAGCAUAGAGGUCUGGGAGUGCAUUUAUCCUUUGUCCGAUCUGUUUCAAUGGACAAGUGGAAGGACAUUGAAUUAGAAAAAAUGAAAGUCGGAGGAAAUAGAAAUGCUAGAUUAUUUUUUGAAUCUCAGCCCGACUGGGAUGAUUCCAUGAGUAUAACGCAAAAAUACAAUACCAAGGCUGCUGCCUUAUACAGAGACAAAAUCAAUACCCUGGCGCGUGGAGAGCCUUGGAGUCCUAGCAGGUCCAGCGCUAAAGACUUCACAUCAACUUACGUUGGUAGUAAAAAAGACUACAGUAACAGUAAUUGUUCAUAUCAGAGUGGCGACUCUGGUUUUUCAUAUCAAAACAUUAAUUCUCCUGAAUUCAAAGCUCAAACUGAGGACUUUUUUUCUAGAAUACAGUCUGAAAAUGCAAAUCGUUCAGAAAACGUUCCACCAAACCAAGGCGGUAAAUACGGCGGAUUUGGAUACCAGGCCAAUCCUAUUCCUAAAAGUUCAUCUCAAGAAUUUGUUGAUACUGCUUUGUCAUCUCUUGCUAGUGGUUGGUCGUUAUUUUCUUCUUCAGCAACUAAAAUAGCUAGUAAAGCAACAGAAAAUGCUAUUAAGUAUGGAGGAAUGGCUACACAAAAGGUAUCUGAAAUAUCAGUUUCUGUAGGUGAAAAGGUACGUGAAGGUACUCUUUUGGAAGAAGUAGGAAGCCAAGUUAAUAAUUUAGCCGCCAAGGUUAGUGAUCUUGGCAGAAGAGGUUGGGGAGACGUUUCUGGGAAUAAUUCUGGUGAUGGUUACAACUCACAUGGAAACUAUCAAGACUCACCCAGUUCUUACCAGAAUAAUAGUGAUCUGAGAAGAUAUUCUGAAGAAAGAUCUAGAAUGAGAAGCCCAAAUCAAAAAUCAUCUGACGCGUCUGAUGCUGAUUGGGGAUGGGAUUCAAGUUCAAAGCCGAAAGAUGCAAGUGUAGAUAGUAAGUCUGUAAAGAAAAUAAAAGAAAAGAAAAAAGAAGACUCUCUGAUAAAUUUUGAAACGGAUCAAGCCAAUUCAAAUUGGAAUGCUAAACUUGAAGAUGAAGCCUGGGAGGUAUUAAAAAAUUAAUCUCGAUUAAUAGUGUUGAAAAUUCAAUGAGACCUUGACCAUAUGAUUUACAUUAAUGCGAAAGCUAGUUAAAAUUGUACAAUUUAUAAAAAUAAUCAAUUUACAAAUGGCCAUAAUGCCUUAUUGAAACAAUUCUAAUUAAUUUUUAAGUUGUUCAAUUAUUGUUAUUAUAAUUAGUAGUAAUACUUCAGAGAUAAUAUUGUUGCAUUGAUGAUUAAGGUAUUUAGGUAACAAAAGAUAAUUUUAAAUAUUUAUACAUUCUUCCUACAUAUUUAAUUUAAAAUGCACAACCUUGUAAUUGUA